CAGCUGCUAGCCCCUUUGCCCAAGUUGCUCCUUAGGAGGGAGGGACGAGUAACACUCAAAUGGCCACUUUUGUUCAGGAAUUUAUGGUAGAGAUGAGACACCAAGCAUCUUCUGCCAUGAGUGUGCCACCUCCAUCCCCAGUAGUUUCCACUCCUAUGGCCCCUACUCCUAUUUCUCCUGCUCCUAUAUCUUCUGCUCCUAUUGUGCCUAGCUGGAAGGUGGAGAGCGAAUUUUGCCUACUGAAGAUUUUUGAUGACCUUAAGGUCGAUGUGGGCAGUUAUAUCCUUACGGGUGAAGCGUUGACUUGGCAUCAGCAGCCUAGCGUACUCAUCCUGCUCCACUUAUUUGCCCCACUUGUGGAAGAGUUGGGCACACUUGCGACUAGUGUCACAUUAAUACUGGGGCUUGCUUUAGAUGUGGCAAGCAGGGACAUUGGGUUGCUAAUUGCGCACAGCCAGACCCUAGAGCUUAGAGUACUCAAUCUACAUCUCAGCAGGGGUUUCUUAGUUUUUGUCACCGAUGCUAGUAGUCUGACGUUGAGACAAGAAGACAUCCCUGUGGUGUGUGAGUUUCCGGAUGUAUUUUCGGAGGAUCUUCCAAGUUUACCUCCAGAUAGGGAGAUUGAAUUUCCUGUUGAUCUUGUUCCUGGCACUAGACCAAUUUCCAAAGCCCUGUACCGUAUGGCUCCUACGGAGUUGAAAGAGUUAAAGAUUGAUCUCCGAUAUGGCUACCAUCAGUUGAAGAUUAAACCUGAUGAUGUGCCAAAGACUGCCUUCCGUACUCGUUAUGGUCACUAUGAAUUCCUAGUUAUGCCUUUUGGCUUAACAAAUGCCCCUGCAAGAUUUAUGGAUUUGAUGAAUCGGAAGAUUGAGGCCGUGGUGGAUUGGAAAAGGCCGAAUAGUGUUGCAAAAGUCCGUAGUUUUUUUGGAUUGGCUGGUUAUUACCGUCGAUUUGUGGGGGAUUUCUCUAUAAUUGCUCUGCCAAUGACUCGUCUGAUCAGGAAGGACAUCAAAUUUGAGUGGACUCCAAAGUGUGAGAAGAGCUUUUUGACCCUUAAAGAGAAACUAGUCACUACUCCUGUACUCGCACUUCCCAUCAAUGGGGAAGGAUUCACUAUAUAUAGUGAUGCCUCUAAAAAGGGUUUGGGAUGUGUCUUGAUGCAGAAAGAUAAGGUUAUUGCAUAUGCUUCACGGCAGUUAAAGCCUUAUGAAGAAAAUUACCCUACCCAUAAUCUGGAGGCAACUAUGAUAUUUGCACUCAAGAUCUGGAGGCAUUAUCUAUACGAUGAGACCUAUGAAAUUUUCACCGAUCACAAAAGUCUCAACUACCAUCCAGGCAAAGCCAACAAAGUAGCAGAUGCGUUGAGUAGGAAGUCCUCUAGCACUACCUCUAGCAUCCUUGCCACCCAGAAGGAGAUUCUUGAGGACCUUGUGAAACUAGAUGUGGAGCUGUGUGUACCAAGAGAUCAUGCUUUAAGGCGUGAAAUUAUGAGAGAUGCCCAUAAUACUAGUUACAAAGUUCACCCAGGUAGCACCAAGAUGUAUCGUGACUUGCGUAGUACAUUUUGGUGGCGGAAUAUGAAGAGGGAGAUAGCUAAAUUUGUCUCACAAUGCCUGACUUGCCAGAAAGUCAAGGCUGAACACCAAAGACUUCCUGGGAAGCUACAGCCAUUACCUAUUCCCCAAUGGAAGUGGGAGAAUAUCACCAUGGACUUUGUGACAGGUUUAACGCGAACCUUAAAGGGAGAUGAUUCCAUCUGGGUCAUCGUUGAUCGAUUGACCAAGUCAGCACAUUUCUUAUCUUACCAGACUGGCGCAUCCAUUGAGAAGCCGGCCAAUAUGUACAUGAAUGAGAUAGUUAGGCUGCAUGGAGUCCCUGUGUCACCCACUCGAGGUGUCCUUAGGUUUGGCAUUAGGGGAAAAUUGAGUCCGAGGUAUAUUGGACCAUAUCCUAUCCUGGAAAGGGUUGGCGAGGUAGCUUACUGUUUAGAGUUGCCUAGAAAUUUAGCGGGUUUUGAUGAUGUGUUCCAUGUGUCUUUAUUUCGGAAAUAUAUUCCCGACCCGAGCCACAUCAUUGAUCCCGAACCCAUUCAGCUUCGAGAAGAUCUCACCUAUGAUAAGCACCCGAUCCAUAUUUUAGUUUUCAAGGAAAGGCCGCGUGUUCUGCUCUUCUUCUUCUCCCCUACAGCCGACCAAGAAGCCCAAGCCACCAACACACCCACCCUUUUGAGAAACGAAAAUUUCAGAUCUGCUCUGUUCCUUCCCCUCCGUCCGCUGCUCUUGGUUUGUGGGCUUGAAUUCUUCAGGUUUCUGGUUCUUGAUUAUUCUGUCACCCUAGCAAUUGGAGUGAGUUUUUUGUGCUAUACGACUGAGGUAAGUAAAUUAUGGUAAUGUCUUUCGGUUUCAAGUAAAAGCAUAUUUUAAAUUGUUUUUGAGAUGGUGGUAAGGUUUAAAUUGAUUUUAUUAACACCUAAGCAUGAUUAGAAUGGAAAUGAAAAUUUUUAUUAUUUUUGGGGUUGAGCAUGCCGACAUGGAAUUUUCUGGUUUAUUCUUGAAAUUUGAGAUUGAUUGUGAAUUACAGAUUUUUCUUGUCAAUCCUAUAUGGUUUUGUCUCUAAUAUAGUCAUGAUCACUGAUUACUGACACCCACUAGUGGGAGUUUGCAAACGCUAGCACAUGCCGACAUGUAUUCCGAUAGGACCAGUUCAUUCUGUAAUCCUGCCAAUGGGAUAAUACAUUGGUUAUUACUGAAACUGAUGCCUGCCAGUGGGAGUUGUUAAACACUAGCCAUGACUUAUAGAUGAGACUACUACUGAAUCUUAUUCUGCAUGAACGGUUUAUCAUUGAACGCUUUGUUAUUGACUUAUAGAUGAGACUAUUAUUGAAUCUUAUUCUGCAUUAACGGUUUAUCAUUGAACGUUUUGUUAUGAUUAAAUUGUUUAUCAAACAUGCUUAAAUUUUACUCAUGGGCUACCCAUAUUUUUACUUAUUGAGAUAUCUUAUCUCAUAGUUUUCCUUGUCCACCAUUUCAGGAAGUGAAACCCGAGGCCCGUUAACCAGAGGAAGUGACGAGCUAGAAGGCUAGUUAGUAUUUUGGACUUAGAUCCUUUUUGGAUUUAAGCCGUUAGCCAUGCAUGCUUGACAUAGAUGUAAAAUGAUUAAUCAUUUUUUGUAUACUGAGUUUCCCUUGGUUAUAGCCAUGACUGUCUUAUAAAUUUUUGCACAUCUU